AUGAAAACUAUUCUCAAUAAAGAAUUGAUUCCUACUGUUGACGGAGUUGGCAACCAAAUUAUUUCGAAAUCUAAGGAUUAUUAUUAUGAAGAAUAUGAAUUUCUAGUUUGCUUGGUUGCACCAAUACUAAAUUACAAUGUUAAAGAUGAAAACGUUCUAAAACACUUGGGAUGGAAUUCUUGUCUGGAUGUUAGAAUAGUUCUAGAGCAAUUAGAAUUAUGUGUUAUUCGUGUAUUUAAUGAACAACCACCUGAGAAUUUGAAAGAAAUUUGUAACGUAAUAUAUAUAAUGCUUUUCAAAAUGAUGAAAAUUAUGAAGGAUGAUUUGGAAAAUGAACCUUGGAUUUGGUAUAAAGAUGCAUUUUAUUCAGCUGAUAAAUUCAUCUUUCGUCUUCCAACUGAAUUUGAGAACAAUAAAUCUUUAAUUGUAAAACUUCCUAGUAUUCAUAAGAGAUUUUAUACCUUAUUUAAAACAAUGGGAGUUCGAUUUUAA